AUGCUCCAGUGCCUGCUUUCUCAUGAAGGGUGUGGAGAAUCAAUAGACUCCAAUUGGCAAUUGAGUACUGAAGAUGAUGCUUGUAAUGAAAGAAUUGCUAGUGACUGUAAUGAGGGUGGGAGCAGCUGUGCUGAUAAGUCUGUAGCUUCCAUGAUUGAUACGGAAAUGAUUGAUAAUGGGAAGGCUGACAAGUUGGAAGAUAAUCUCAUGACACUCAAGGAAAAGUCUGGAUUAAUUUCGAAUUCGAAAAUUACCAAGCAGAGAUUGAAUUCAAAUGAUCAACAUUUUUUAAAUGAACCUUCUGGAUCUUGCGAAGUGUGUCAGGAAAAAUGUCACAAUCAAACUUCAAUAUACAACAACGGUGGGGAUCGAGACUCAUUUUGUGAAGCAAAUUUGGUUUCUGAUGAUUUCUCUCUCCCAGUUAGUACUGACCUCGAUUUGACUGAGAAAUGCAAGAGUGGAUGUUGCGAUAAUCGCAUAGACACUGAAAUUCUCGUUAUCACCAAUGAAACUCCGAGCUGUUGCGAUGACAAGAUCCAGGUUUGUGACGCAAUUAAACCAAAGUGUAAUGACUCAAAGUCUGCCAAUUUUCCAAAGAAGUCCCUGUGUGCUGGACCAUGUUGUGACUCAACUGCUCAGGAUGUGGAUCAGGAAACUGACAUAAAAGUUGUGGUGAAAGAGGCUUGCGAAUGGCAUCUUGCGGAUUCCAUGAGAAAAUACUUAGAGUUUAUCAGGUUGGGCCGUUGUAUUUGCUUUGAAAUUGUGGACAGACUCGUAGAUGAGUAUGAGAGAUCGUUGAGAAAGAAAUGCUCUAAGAGAAGAUCGGUAGCCAACUGCUGCGCAAAGAAACCUCGCCUAGCAUCCAAAUCGGUUAGUGUCAAAAACCAGACUAAUAAACUGUGCUGCUCGAAUAGGAAUUCUUUAAAGGGCCCCUCGUGCUCCUCUUCGUCGACUCACAGAUUGGGAGGCUCAACAAAGCCUUACGAAUUAAACCAUCUGUUGGCAAGAAAUCCAUGGAAGGCUUCUAAAAAUGAUGAUUUGGAGUCUGGGUCAUCAAGGCAACAUGUAAAACUCAAAGUUUCGGGAAUGACAUGCACUGGAUGUACCAAGAAAGUCAUCAACUCGCUCGGCCAUUCUGAAGGUAUUUUUUCUGUCAGAGUAACCUUCGUCACAUCAACUGUUGAAUUUGAUUAUGAUCCGAAUAUUUGUGAUAUCGACCAAGCAACAACUCGGUUGACUAAGGAAACUGGGUUCAGCUAUAGUUUGAUCAAACGCGACUAUCAGACUUUAGAGAUCAGUGCUACCAAUGUGGAUUUCAGUAGAGUCCAUGAUUUGGUGGAGCUGAUUGAUAAAGUAGGAAACAGUACCUACAAAAUUACCUAUGAUCCUCAAGUUAUAGGCGCAAGAGAUAUUUUAAGGGGUAUUCCAGGUGCUGAUUUGACAAAAGCUUCGGUGGACUUCAAGAAGGAGGGGAAGAAACAAAUUUAUUCAUUGUUGUGGAAAACAGUAUUAAGUGCCAUACUUACCAUUCCAGUUUUGGUGUUAGUCUGGUCAGGUGUUAAUGUUUCGCAUGCAACUUCAUCUAUUAUUCAAUUGGUUUUGGCUACAUUUGUUCAGACUGUAGCUAUUCCCGAAUUCUAUGUAAAAGCAUUAAAAAGCUUGAUCUAUAGUCGUGUCGUGGAAAUGGACUUGUUGGUAGUAAUCAGUAUUACUGCAGCGUAUGUUUAUUCAAUUGUUGCAUUCGGGUUGCACUUUGCUGGCUUCAGCCUUGAACAAGAAGCCUUUUUUGAAACAAGCACUUUGCUUAUUACCCUUGUUCUCUUUGGAAGAUUAUUGGCCAUGGUUGCCAAAGUUAGGGCCGUAUCUGCUAUCUCCAUGAGGUCUUUACAAUCUCAAACGGCCAUUGUUGAGGAAAAUGGGGAGCCAGCUCUGAUAGAUUCGCGUCUCUUACAACACGGUGACAUUUUCGUAGUUAAGCCACAUGCGCAGGUGGUAACGGAUGGGAUCAUCGUAGAGGGUGAAAGUACGGUAGACGAGUCGAUGAUAACUGGCGAGUCAACAGCAAUAAGGAAAGUUUCUAAAGAUUUGGUUAUUGCGGGAACAUUGAACGGCUCUUCUCCUUUGAGAGUAAAGUUAACUCGCUUACCUGGCGAUAAUAGCAUUGCUGAUAUUGCUGAAUUAGUCGAGAAAGCCUUGGCUGAAAAACCCAAGGUUCAAGAUUUAGCAGAUGCCAUUGCCGGUUACUUUGUGCCUGUGGUGAUCGUUUUAUCCUUGAUUGCAUUGAUUGUUUGGGUUAUUGUCAAUAUAAAGUUAAAAGACAAAAGCGGAGGAGGUGCAUUUGGAUCGGCUAUUACAUAUAGCAUUGCUGUGAUGGCGGUUUCGUGCCCAUGUGCUUUGGGACUAGCUGUUCCUAUGGUUUUGGUGGUUGCGGGUGCUGCGGCAGCUCGCAAGGGAGUUUUGAUCAAGAGCUCUUCAGUAUUAGAACGUGGAUGUAAAAUUACUGAUAUUGUUUUUGAUAAGACUGGCACCUUAACAAGCAGUGCAUUGAUAGUCGAGAAAGCACAGUAUUUUGGAGAUUAUUCUGACAGGGAGGUUAAUUUUCUUGUGCAUUCGAUGGCUACUGCAAACGAUCACCCAAUGUCUGUAGCCAUUCUCCAACACUUGAAAGGACUGUUUGAUGGCUCUUCAUUUCCAGAGCCUGUCCGGAACCUUGAGUCUGUUCCUGGUUCAGGCAUCAAAGGCAUGUGGUACAGAAAAUCGAUUAUGUUGGGAAAUAUCCAUUGGGUUAGAGUUGAUCAAAAUGCUUAUAUUUUGAAUCUUCUUCAACAAGAUCAUUCGAUUGUUUGCGCUACGGUUGAUGGAGUCUUGGUUGCAGCAUUUAGUUUGAAGGCACCGCUUCGUGAAGAAGCCAAAGAUGUGAUCGACCACAUGCUUGGCAGAAAUAUAGUUUGCCACAUUGUUAGUGGAGAUAAUGCAAAUACAGUGAUGCAAGUUGCAAGCAAGGUUGGAAUUCCUUCAAAGAAUGUACGUUAUCGGCAUUCCCCAGCACAGAAGCAGGCAUAUGUUCUGGAACUCAUGCAAUCUGGAAAAAAGGUGCUCUUCUGUGGAGAUGGAACAAAUGAUGCAGUGGCAGUUGCUCAGGCUACUAUCGGUGUGAUAGUUGGAAAUGCUUCUGAUAUUACUCUGGCUACUGCUGAUGUCGUGCUCUGUGGAGGGUUAAGGGGAAUCGAGCAAUUGAUUAGAGUUUGUCGCCGGUCGUCUCAAGUUAUUUUCUUUAACUUUUUGUGGGCAUUUAUAUACAACUUGGUGGCUAUAUUAGCCGCAGCAGGUGCGUUUGUGGAGUUUAGAAUUCCUCCAACCUAUGCUGGUGUUGGGGAGGUUAUUAGUGUUCUCCCGGUUAUAUUUGCAGCCAUUACCUUGAUGAUUGGGUGA